AUGUUACCAUGGAAACUCUGUAUCCAUCUGAGUCUGCUGCUGGUCCAGCUGAGUUUACCUGAAGUUGCAGCUUCCUGUCGCAUCCUGAGAUGUAAUUCUGACUUUGUGGCGGCGACACUGGACCUGGGCGGGGGGGGCGGUGGCAGCAGCAGCGUGGGCGGGGCUGAUGGAAGAGGGGCUGGACCAGAGGGAGCAGCUCUGAGCCGGGAGGCGGUGAACUCCGGGUACUGCAGCGCCCUGCGCUCCUACGGCGUGUGCACGCAGCGGAUGGCACGGGCGUGUCGCGGGGACCUGGCGUUCCACUCGGCGGUCCAGGGCAUCGAGGACCUGCUGGUCCAGCACCGCUGCACCCGGGUGGGGCCCACAGCCCAGCCCCGCCCCCUCCCUCAGGGCACGCUGUCCGGAGACGCCUGCUUCUACGAGAGGAGCUUCCUGAGCAGAGAAGGUCGGACACCAGAGUUCCUGCACUGCGGCGUGUUCGGAGACCCACACGUCAGAACCUUCCACGAUGACUUCCAGACGUGUUCCAUGCAGGGGGCGUGGCCUCUCAUGGAUAACGAAUACCUGCACAUACAGGCCACCAGCUCGCCAAAGAGGGCGGGUUCACGUGGCACGGUGCUCACGAAGAUAACCAUCAUCUUCAAAAGUGUGCGUCAGUGUGUUGAUCAGCAGCGGUACCAGGCCGAGCUGGACAACGUCCCUGCGGCGUUCGCCGACGGCUCGGUGGCGAGUGGCGAGUGGCGAGGUCACCACAUCCUGACUGUCUGGACUCGCGUUGCUGGCCGACACGUGGAGAUCCGAGCGGCUCACAUCGGCACGCUGCUGGUGGUGCGUCAGAGCGGCCGCUCGCUCGGCCUCUCCGUCCGGGCGCCGCGUGACGUCAUGGAGGCGUUUGGCCCCGAUCAGGACCUGCAGCUGUGUGUGUGGGGCUGCCCCCCCUCCCAGAGACUCAGCACGCUGCGCCCGCUGCCGCCGCUGGACUCCUCGCCGCCUGCCGAUGUCAGCGCCCAGGACCACUGUGCUGCGCUGCUUCCUGCCCAGGAUGUUUACUACCAGGCCUGUGUGUUUGACCUGAUCUCCAGCGGAGACCUGAACUCCAGCUCAGCCGCCGUCAGCGCGCUGCAGGACGCCAGAAACAUGAUGUCAGAGCCGGAGAGAGUUCACCUGCUGCUGGUCGCCGCCGCCGAGCAACGAGCACAACCACACCUGACCCUGCUGCUGCUGCCGCUCGGCAUGCUGGGAGCUCUGAGCAGAGCCUGA